GAGAAAGAUAAAGGUUUACAUUUCUACGGAUUAGUUAGACAAAGUACAAGAAGGAAGAGUGCAGAAGCAACUCCAGAAAAAAGUUAACACAAGUGGAUUCACGAGUGGAAAGAGGACACGAGUGAUUUGGAAUAGUGGCGCCGCGGAAGAAAGAAGGCGAAGUUGGACUUCCAAACUCUUUUCUUCUCUCAACUUCUCCACAAUUCACAAAUUCUCAAGACUUUUGAGGAUUAAUUAGCACAGCAGCAAUCUCUCCCCUAUGCCCUGCAUGCCUACUUGCUGCUUCUCUUAUAUAAUAACUUUUUUAAAUUCAAUUCCUCUCCAAACUUCUCUCCCUCUGUACUUAAUUUCUAUAUAUAGAAGAGCUUUGAGAGAGCUUGUCCAUAAGCCUUAUAUGGAGAUUGAAAAGCAGCAGAGUACUGCGGAGGAGUUGAGGAGAGGGCCGUGGACUGUGGAAGAAGACCUUAUCCUCACCAACUACAUCUCCAAACACGGUGAAGGGCGCUGGAACUAUCUCGCCAAGUGCGCAGGACUAAAGAGGACGGGGAAGAGCUGCCGUCUACGGUGGCUAAACUAUCUCCGGCCAGAUGUACGCCGCGGCAACAUAACCGCAGAGGAGCAGCUCCUCAUUCUUGAACUCCAUUCACGUUGGGGAAACCGGUGGUCAAAGAUCGCACAACAUCUUCCUGGCAGGACAGACAACGAAAUAAAGAAUUAUUGGAGGACAAGAUUGCAAAAACACGCAAAUGUCCUUGAAGGAAUGAGGGCACUGAUGGGCAGACCUCCCUGGCAUGGAGUUUCAGAAGGACAGAGCUCCUUGGCAACUUCCAACAGCGGUGGUGAUCUUUCUAAUUCAUCCUCUACUUCCAACUGUUAUUAUAACUACUUGGAUGAAAGAGGAGAGGGCUGCUGGCCAAGCAAACCGGAGGGGUGGUUAGACUUUUCCCCGCUGCCCGACUUCGACAGUAACAUGUUGGCUGGAUUUUGUCAACAUAAUGCACUAUAUUAAAGUCUCUAAUAUGUAUACAUAAUGUAUCAACUAUCAUUUGAGUCUAUUUUUCACUACUUUUAGUUAUAGAUAUGACCCUUUGCAACAAGAUUAUGUUUUUCUCUGUGGGUUUGAUUUAUGAAAUAUAUUCAAACAUAAAGGAGCUGGAGCGAUCGACAAGGAUGAUUUGUGCUUGGCUUUGCUUAAAAAAAUUUAAGCGCAUUAGUUAGACGGGAGAAAAUAUUAUGUCUGUUGUCCGAACAGUGACUCUGUAGUUGAAUCCAUGUAAUACAUUUGGUUCCACAUUCGGGCGUCAAA